GGUGACAAUUCGGGGGAGGAGUGCAUUGAAGCUUGCCCGAGGGAGCUGGAACCCGUGUGCGGCUCAGAUGGGGUCAUAUACUCCAGUGUGUGUCAUAUGAAGAAGGAGAACUGCAAGAAGGAUGUGUACGUGCUGCCUGACGAACACUGUGCCAGGUCGAGGGGAAGCACCUGUACCCACAGUUGCGUCAACGUUCAGGACCCAGUAUGCGGAUCAGACGGCAGGACCUACCUUAAUCUGUGCAUGCUGCGUGUGGAGACCUGCAGGUCUGGCAUCGAGUUCGCGCACUUCGGAGUGUGUGCCCAGGAUGACAAUGACGCAGAGAAGAAUGACUGCCCGGCGGACUGUUCCUCAAGCCCCGAGACGGCCCCAAUCUGCGCCUCUGACGGGAAUGUGUACAACUCUACCUGCGACAUGCGAUACCGUACCUGUGGGCAGCGUGUGGUGUCGACCCUGCUGAAGCACUGCCGCACCACUAAGCACUGCAAUGACGUGUGUUUCUACUCCUUCAAGGCGGUGUGCGCUUCUGACGGCAGAAUCUACAAUAAUGAAUGUCAGAUGAAGAUGAGAAACUGCGGGCGCCACAUCUUCAAGCUUCCCAUGGGGGAGUGCCGGCCCCAGGAGAGGAUGCCCGGAGCGUGUCCUGUGUCCUGCGGGGGAGAGAAAUACAACCCCGUGUGUGGCUCCGAUGGUUACCUGUAUGAUAAUGAGUGUGACAUGAGGAGACUCACUUGUGGGUCUCGCGGGGCGGGCGCCGUGUAUGAGGUGGACAUGGCCAAGUGUGAGAAGAGAAGAAAGUGUGCCAAGAUUGAUUGCCCCAGCGUCCCUGACCCCGUGUGUGGCACUGACAGCAUAACCUAUGUCAACUUCUGCUUCCUACAUCAAGCCACCUGCAUGAGGGGCGUGGAGAUGGCACACUACGGACGCUGCACAGUGCCCAGCCAGGAGGACUCUUGCCCUGACGAGUGUCCGGAGACUGAUGACGAUGACUUCCCCGUGUGUGGCUCUGACGGGAACGCCUACCUUUCCUACUGCGAGAUGAAGCGACGUACCUGUGGCCAGAAGGUGGUCCCCGUGGCGCUGCAUCACUGCGAGGCCACCAAACACUGCCUGACUCGCUGCGGGAAGGAGAGGAGAGCUGUGUGCGCCUCUGAUAACAGGAUCUACAUGAACGCCUGCGACAUGAAAGCCAGGAACUGCGGCAAACACGUGUACCAGGUUCCAAUGCAUCGGUGCCUUGUUGGGUUUAACUUCAUGCGGUGCUACAAGAUCUGCCCACCAAUGUUUGACCCAGUGUGCGGAACCGACGGCAAGACAUACAGUAACGAGUGUUUCCUUGAGAUGGAGAAGUGCCGCUCCCGUAGUCUGGGCAGGAGUCUCGUGUCCCGUGUCUAUGAUGGGCGCUGCGGUCACCCUGUCCCUAAACCCAAGCUGUAUAUGUUUAGAUAAAGUCCGUGGGUUUGGAUUUGCUGUGCGUGGGAGUUCGUGAGUGUGUGUGUGUGUGUGUGUGUGUGCUGAUUUGAAUUGUUUUUCUCUUCGUCUUUUUUAAUCAUCGUUUUUUAUUACUCUCUCUCUCUCUCUCUCUCUCUCUCUCUCUCUCUCUCUCUCUCUCUC